CCCUCGGUUUCAUGCGCGGCCCAAACACAACACUCGCAGUCUCGCACUCCGCCCUGCCAGAAACCGAUACGACAUCUCUAUCCGCUCAAUCUCGUCGUUUUAGCUUUCCCCUCCGAAAUCCUCUCAUUGUCGGAGACGCGAGACCUUAAACGUCUCUUCGAUGUGUUUUGGUCGGUGAAGCAGUUGCAGUGGCGCCGGCGGUGGAGCUUCUCUGAAAUAAGGGAUGGCAAAAGUGGCUACGGCGAGUUCCGUGCCUCCUAGCUCACUUGGAAUUGGCUCUGUGCCUUUAAAAGCUGGAUCCAUGGCUAAAAGAAAGACACCGUCUGAACUUAGGGGGGAGCAGUUAAAGAGGGCAAGUGUUGUGGACCACACUGAUGAAUCUUCACAACCCUCAGCAAAUUUGACUAACACUGCUGGGGUCGGAAAAAGGCCUAAAAGACUGGGAUUGACAGGGGCCCCAAGAUAUGUGGAGACACGAGUUGAUGGAGUAUUUCCUGCCAAAAAGUCCAGGUUUAGGGUUGUCUCUGGAAAGGACAAUGCAAAGGAAAGUCCAUCUUUGGAGCAAACCAACAACCUGAAUAAUAUUGCAGCUUUUUCUGCAUCAGAUACCAAGAGACAACAGGGAAUUUCAUGCUUGGAGAAUUCUGUUGCUUCAACUGAUGUUGUUGAAGCUGAUAACUUGCAAGCUUCGCAAACAAAUGAGAAGUGCAGUCAAGGGAAGUUUCUUAAUGUUGCCGAGCUUUCAUCAGCUGCUGACAGAUCUUCUGGCUCUGCAGCAGCUAUUGACAUGGGCAAAGCAUUAAAAGGACUAGCUGCAUUUGAACCUCAGGCAUCAAGUGGUGUAGCUGCUGAUUCUUCUGAAAAAUGUGGUGAUCUGUCAUCAAACUUCACUGGAAAUUUUGUGUCAGAAUGUCAAGUACCUGGCCAAAAGGCUCCUCUGGAUCUUACUCUAAAAACCAGUAUUCGGGUAGUAUCCUCUUCUUCAGUGAAUUGGAUACAUAGGUCAGCUGUAUGCGGUACAAUGCCUUUCUUCCAACAUUGUUUCUCCACUAAUCAAAACAUGACAGAUUCCCAGAGCUUUAAAGGUUUACAUUCCUGGAUGUAUCCUCAAUCUGUUCUACCACCGGCUCUCAUAUCAGCCUUGAGCUCAUCAACUGCAGAUGGAGAACUGGACUUCUUAAGUAAACGGCAAUCAGCUUGGGAAGAGUCCUUCCGAGAUCUCUAUUACAUGCUUCGAAAAAACAUAUGUGGCCUUUUUUAUGUUUGCACUUCCCAGUUUGUGGUGAUGUUUAUUGGUGGUGAUGGCUCGGGUAGCUCCAAAUACUCGUGCAAUGCAUAUAUGUCUCAGUCAACCAGAGGUUUAAGAUCAUUGUUGAAAGAGCAUGAUGUUUGUUUCUCGAUGCCUCUUUGCCGUUCAAAAGUGGAACAAGCUAGUACUGAAGAUUUGGUUGAGCUCUCGGAGAUAGAGAAGCAAAAUCUGGGGCAGACACGACGAUUAAGAUCGUUCUCUGAUGUUGAUAACAGCCCAGAAUCUUUGCUGGUUUUCAAUGGCAACAAUGAUGUACAUGGUUUAUAUGACCUUUUACUAAAUUACAGACCUCUCUUGACCUCACUGUCUGCUAUGGAUGUACCUGUCUUGUGCUCUUCUGUGCCCUUUCAAAACGCUGCUUUGUCCUCCCCUGAUAUCAAAUGUAUGGAGAUGAGAAGAGCUGAACACAUUGCUGCUUCUUAUAAUGGAUCUGAUUGGAGAGAUGGUGAUGGUGAGCCUGCACAAGGAUCACCAGAUGGUCUUAGUUGCAGCCUUGAAAUCAGCGACACGUUCCUUCCACCAUGGAUUAUUUGUGGUAUAUGUGCACUGCUUAGUUCUGAAGGAGGAAGAUUUGAGGCUAGUUUUGUGACGGAACCUAGUUCAAUUGGCUUGAAUGUUGCUCUUAAAUCAAUUUGUGAGAAGUUGAAAUCUGAAGAUGUCAGUAUUGAAAGUAUGCAAAACCGCAGUAAGAUACUCGGCAUCCCAGAAGCUGCGGUCACUUCUUCCUUAUGGUCAAGUUCAUUAAAAGGCUUAAAGUACUGUGAUGGUUCUUAUACAGCUUCCCUAUCCGCUGUAUGAUCCUCAAGAAGGAACUCAUCAUCAUAUUGAUUGUUAAUUUAUAUUGAUUACCUUCCCUUAACCUCCAGAAAAUGAAAAACAGUAGGAAUUUUGUAUUCUUUUCCACUUUGGAGGAGCAUAUUUCGGACCAAGAACUGUAAUAUCAAAGUUAAUUGUGAAUCUAGCAGUUCGUUUGUCAAUCACCUCAUUGAAGGGGAGAUGAAUCAAUGACUUCAUUGUAUCUUUACGCCUAGUCACUUCGACAUGGAAUUUGCCAUUUGGACAUGUAAUAUCUUUUGUUCUGAUCACAACA